AUGUCGGCUCCUGCUACCAACAACGCAGCCCCGGCGGAGCCCGCGACUAUCCCGGAUGCGCCUGCUCCAAGGGAUACAGCCGUCAUCCCGGAUGCUACCGCUCCGGAGACACCUGCCACCAUCUUAGAUGCGGCCGAGCCGGAGGGAUCUAAUACCACCCUCGAUGCCAACACUCCGGAAACACCUGUCGCCGUUUUAACCGCACCCACAACGGAGGAACCCUCUGUCGCCCCAGAUACUGCCGUCUCGGAGGGAUCCGCCGCGAUUCCAGACACCGUCACCUCAGCCCAACUACCAGCUGCCCCUCAGGCGACGGUCUCAUCGAAUGAUGGCAAGACUGUUGGCUAUCUUGUCCUCGAUACUGGUGCCUUGAUCAAGAACGAGCCCACUGUGAGCACGCUUCUUGCCCAGGCGACCGAACUCUACACUAUCCCUGCAGUUCUUGCGGAGAUUCGAGACUUCAUCACUACUUUUGCGCGCAAGACGGGUGAUCUCGAGGUCAUGAGCACCCCCGAUAUCCAUCUCCUUGCCUUGACAUACGAGCUCGAGUGCGAACAGAACGGCGGCGACUGGCGCCUUCGCAACAACCCCACCCAGAAGCACCUCAACGGCCAAGAUCCGAACGUCACUGGUAAUGCACCGUUGGCGGCGGAGAACGAUGGUGUUGCUGCUGUUGAGCCUGCCAACUCCUCAUCGGCGGACCGUCCUGAUGACAGCCCUAAUGUUCAGGGCGAUACGCUGGCAGAGAGCCCGUCUGUGGAGGAACAAGUAGAGAACAUCACCCUCCAAGAUCCUGUAGUCGAUGCAGCGCCGUCCGCCAACGAGGAGGCUGAACAGCAUACGACCAACGACCAAGAGGAUGGGGACAGUGACGACAGCGACGGCUGGAUCACGCCCUCGAACCUAAAGAAGCACGUUGCCAAGGACCAGGGAGCAUCCCAGUCAUCCAAGGCCCCGACACAGUUCCUGCAAGCCGCCAUCCUGACGACCGAUUACGCCAUGCAAAACGUUGCACUAAGGAUCAACUUGAACCUGUUGUCAUCGAGCAUGUUUCGAAUCACCCGUCUACGGACAUAUGUCCUCCGCUGCCACGGUUGUUUCGCCACAACCAAAGACAUGACCAAGCAGUUCUGUCCCCGCUGUGGACAACCGAAUCUUAUUCGGACCAGCUGCUCCACAGAUGCAAAUGGUGUUUUCCAAAUUCAUCUGAGGAAGAAUUUCGAAUAUAACAAGCGAGGCAAUGUUUAUAGCAUCCCAAAGCCAGUACACGGCACAUCGAGCGGCAAGAUCUCAAGGGUACAGGGUGGUGGUAGGGACGGCUGGGGUCAAUCUCUUGUCCUCGCAGAGGACCAGAAGGAGUAUGUCCGGGCCAAGGAUAACAGAAGGAGAACAAGGCAAAAGGACCUCAUGGAUCAGGACUAUCUCCCGGGUAUUCUCUCCGGUGAGAGGACGAAUAGCAACGACAAGGUUCGCGUCGGUGCAGGAAGAAGCGUUAACUCUAAGAAGAAGUGGUGA